GUCACUGAUUGCCAGUUGUUUGAGAUGGCCGAAGUUGAUCCAAAAAAAGCGACAUCCAUUUACGAGUUUACUGUAAAGAACAUCGAUGGGGAUGAAGUUAAGCUUGAUAAAUACAGGGGAAAGGUCGUACUUAUCGUAAACGUCGCGUCGAAGUGCGGCUAUACCGGACAAUAUGAAGGCCUUGAGAAGUUACACCAGAAGUACAAGGACCGAGGCUUCGCUAUUCUCGGCUUUCCGUGCAAUCAGUUUAAAUCACAGGAGCCCGGAAAUGAACGAGAAAUCAAAGAAUUCUGCUCAUUGAAGUAUAACGUCACGUUCGACAUGUUCAAAAAGAUUAACGUGAACGGCUCGCACGCAGAACCACUUUGGGUGUAUCUAAAAAAAGAGCAGCAUGGCUUUCUUAUCGAUGCCAUAAAGUGGAACUUCACCAAAUUUCUUAUCAAUAAAGAAGGCAAACCGGUUAAGCGAUUCUCGCCUGCAGAUGAACCGGUUACUCUGGAAGCAGAUAUCGAAGCUUUGUUCGCUUAAGUGGCGAGCGAAUCACAGAGUUAGCAACGGGCUCAUCGUGAAUGCUACAAGACACUUCUACCUCGAUCGGGUUGAAAAUAGCAAACAAAUCUAAGAAAAUGAA